AUGCCCCCAGGGCUGACGACUUCUCAUCUUCAGGACUGGCUUUCGUCUGUGUCAAACUCCUUUCUCGCCAGUUACUCGCAGCUCGACGAGGACCUUGCAGCCGUUUCUUCGUCUGUCGCCACCGUGGCCCAACCUCACUGGUGGUCCGUUCUGUACGCUCAGGUAGUGGCAUUUCUACACAAACACCUUCUCCCGCAACAUAGACCGUCCAUAUCGACUCUUAUCACCACCACCGCCACCACCUCGCUCUGCAUCUACAUUUUUGCGCCCUCCCUGCUCCCCGAUCGCAUGUUUUCUGUCUUUAGCUCGCGUUCGAAACGCCCAGGACGAUACACAGUUGGUCUGGUGAACCUGGCCAAUGAUUGCUUUGCAAACUCGAAUUUGCAGGCUCUGGCCUCGCUACGAUCGCUGCUGCUGUAUAUUGACGAGGCCAUGUUAGUGGGAAUCCCCCAAGAGAACCUGCUGAACAACUCGCGCAAAAACAAUUAUCCGGUCGAUGCCAAGGGCAAGCAGUACUUGAGACUGACACGAGCACUGGGGUCCAUGAUCAUGGAGCUUAACGAGCCCGUCAAGAACCCCAAGACUGUGUCCCCGUGGAAGUUUCUUGUUAUUCUCGAACAAAUCUACAACUCGCGGAUCAGUCGCAACCAGCAUGAUGCUCACGAACUCUUGCAUCUCAUUCUCGAAUGUCUCUCAAACGAGUACGAAGCUGCCGUGAAGGAUGGUAUUCUGCGACCGGGACAGCACAGCAGUGACAGAGAAAGCGUCGCCAGCAGCUCGAUCCCCGAGGCAGACAUUGGGACCGACUUUUUGCCUCCUGCAGCACCGACACCCCAGUCGGCAGUCACAGACCCGGAAAUGCUUGCAUCAUUCCCAUUUGAAGGAUCCACCAUCGACAGAAUUGCCUGUUCGCGUUGUGGAUACCUCCCGCCUGUACAGUCGACCAAUUUUCUCGUCUUGUCUCUCAUGGUUCCCCAAAAGCGACAUGCCAGUCUCACAGACCUCAUUGAUCGCAUGACCGCUCCAGAAUACAUCAAAGACUACGGAUGUGUGUCGUGCAGACUCAAGGCGGUUUCUUCCAACCCUUCUGCAUUUAUUGGAACCGGGAUCAAUGGCUCAAAGGCCAAGUACACUCCCGAGCUGGUGGAACAGCUGAGUUCCUACUCAGCCAAGAUUGAUCAGCUGCCCGAGGAGCUUGAGGAGGCUCUUCCAAAGAACAUCACCUCGCCUAUCUCCAAAUCCACACGGUUCUCAAAGCUGCCGCUCAUUUUGUCUCUGCAUCUGUCUCGAUCCAUCUACUCUGGUGACAACGCGUCUCGAAACAGUUGCAAGGUGAGCUGUCCUGAGUUCAUUGACUUGUAUGAGAGCAAUCCCAACGUGCGGUCGCGCGAGGACUCUCCUGGAGAAGAAGGCGAUGCUCUUGCCUCGGGUCUCAAAUCGCUCAAGGCCAAGAAACGCGUCAAGUACCGCCUGGUGGCCAUGAUUCGACACAACGGUACGCACUACACGGGACAUUACGAGUGCUAUCGACGCAAGAACCUCACGUGGUGGAAGGGAUGCAUUCAGCGAUACUCCAAGCGAGCUGGAGGUGAUAAGAAUGGUAUGGAGAAGGAAGGUGGAGUGGCGGUUCCGAGAAGUGGAUCUGAACCUCCAGAAAUCUCUGUGGACACCACCAUUCCCUCUCCAUCUCUGUCUGCGUCUCAGCCGUCGCCUGUGUCAAAGGCCGCCGCUUCCACGUCAUCUACCAGUUAUGUCACUCAUUCCAACAGUUCUAGUUAUAGCGACCUCAAGGGUCUCGAUACCGGCACCACUGAGAACACCUCACCCGACGAAGCCGACGAGGGUGAGGAAUCGCAGCUGGUGGAGUCGUUGUACUCGACCCUGGUCUUGAAUAAUGGGAACUCUACUGGUGGACCAAAUGUGGGCAAGUACGAAUGGUGGAGAAUCAGUGAUGAUAGUAUCUGGGAAUGCCAUACUAAGGACGUGUUGAAGGAGGAAAGUGGUGCUUAUCUGUUGUUUUAUGAACAGUGCAUUGAGUCCUAA